AUUGUGCACACAUAGACUUAAGUGCUUCAAGACCAUUGAUAUUUUAAUAACUUCCCACAUCCAUGUACACUCCACCUUCAUGUUCUUUGCUUUCAAAGCCAUACAUGGGAGAUGAUGAGAAGGAUUGCGACUUCCUUGAACUUAAUCAUAAAGAGGCAGGCUUUCUCGACCUCGCUCGCCUCCUGUUUUCUGACAACGUGUGCGAGAGAAAAUACAUCCAAUGCCCGGAAAACUACAAGAACAAGCUCAGGGAGUUUGGGCAUAGAUGGAUCAUCUUCCUCUCCAUUGUCGCUCAGAAACUCCUAUACUCGUUCAAGGGAGUAUUAGAAUGCAUCGGGGAAAAGUUGGAGACCUGUCUUAAUCUCCCGUCGACCAACGGAGGAUUUCUCAAGCUCAUCACCAAAGCUCUCAAAGGAAACGUGGCGUGGCCGCAGAGAGACUCGCCAACUUUUUAUUCAGCGGUAGGGAAUUUGGACCCGAGAGUGGAACUUGACAGCCACCUGACGCAUGGAGACGGAGAGUAUGAUGCAUACUUGUCCAUGAUGGCCGCUAAAUUGUCGUACGAGAAUCGUUCAUUUGUGGAAACCACCAUCCAAGGUCUUUGGAAGAUGGAAUACUUGCUUUGUCGGGACUUUGACAUCGUUAACAGUGGUCCUACUAACUCUCACAACCAGGAGCAACCCUCAACUCGAGCCAUCAUGUUCAAAGACCGAGACCUGAUUGUGGUGGCAUUUAGGGGUACCCGCCCUUUUGAUGCAGACGCAUGGUGCACGGACAUCGAUCUCUCUUGGUACGAGCUCAAAAUCAAAGGAGAAGAGGGGAGGGUGAGGAUCCACGGCGGCUUCAUGAAAGCCUUGGGCCUACAAGAGGACCGAGGAUGGCUCAAGGAGAUCGAUGAGGUAGCCGCAGAAGGCAAAAGCUAUGCUUAUUAUAAGAUGAAGGAAAUGCUAAGGAAUCGAUUGGAGGGAGGGACAAAGCUCAUAGUAACGGGGCAUAGUUUGGGAGGGGCACUUGCCAUACUAUUUGUGGGGGCGUUGUGCAUGCUCGAGGAGGAUGCAAUUCUGGAGAAGUUGGAAGGAGUGUACACAUUUGGGCAACCGAGGGUGGGGGAUGAGAAAUUUGGGGAGUACAUGAUAAAGAAGGUUCGUCGUGAGGCGAAGUACUGUAGGUAUGUCUAUUCAAGCGACAUUGUUCCUAGGCUGCCUUGUGAUAACAAGGUCUUUGGGUUCAAGCACUUCGGUUAUUGCUACUACUACAACUGCUUGUACAAGGGGAAGUUGUUACCUGAGGAGCCGAACAAAAACUGCUCACCAUGGUUAUGGUUCAUACCUAACAUCUUGAUCGCGAUUUGGGAGCUGAUAAGGGGCUUCAUCAUGCCAUGUGUGAAUGGCAAAACAUACCGAGAGAGCUGGUUCUUAGUGCUGUUUAGGAUGCUCGGCAUUGUCCUUCCAGGAGUGUCUGCCCAUUCUCCUCAAGAUUAUGUCAAUUUGACUCGACUUGCUCCUAAGCCUCCUAUGAAGGAAGCUAGACUCAACCGAUCAGGACCAUAGUCUAUGUACCGAAGUAAUAGUAAAUGGGAAAAAAAUAGUUGUAUUAGGUCUUUUAUGGUCAUGACAGUAACUUUUACAAUAAUAUUUGUCUAAGAGGGCAAACUGAUGUUCCUUCGAUAUAAAUUUAGUUACUUGUACUGUAUGCUAUUGAGGAAUUCUGUAUGGGUGGAGUGAGAGAGAAUAGAAACCUGAACUCUUGAACCUUUGGGUUCUGCAAUUAAUAUUGUCAAGUGGUACAUUUUGAAGUAAACAUUUAGCUUAACGGUCAA